ACUCUGAAUACUUCCUCCCCACUGCUGCCUCGUGUCUUCCUAUAAAGGCAGAGCCAGUUCACUGCAGUCGGUGGCUGCACCAGUAGAAACUUCCUGGGCAUAAUUACCAUAAGGGUUUGGUUCUGAUCUGAAAUUCUAUUAAUGUUUGGCUAUAACAUCCAAGGGGGAAACCCAGGAGGAAUCCCUGGGAUGUUCGGGCAGGAAUGUCAGCAACAUGGGAAUCCAGUAUGUCCUUGCCUGUAAACCUCAGCCAAUGCCAGGAGGAACCCCAGGAGGAUACCCAGGUGGACACCUGGGAGUAACCCCAGGAGUAAACCCUGGAGGAAUCCCUGGAGGAACACUGGGAGGAACAGUUGGAAUGCCGGCAGGAAACCCAGGAGUAAACCCAGGUGGAUACCCAGGAGUAAACCCAGGUGGACACCCAGGAGUAAACCCAGGUGGACUGCCAGGUGGAGUAAACCCAGGAGUAAACCCAGGUGGAUACCCAGGAGUAAACCCAGGUGGGCCGCCAGGAGUAAACCCAGGUGGGCCGCCAGGAGUAAACCCAGGAGUAAACCCAGGAGUAAACCCAGGUGGGCCGCCAGGAGUAAACCCAGGAGUAAACCCAGGAGUAAACCCAGGUGGGCCGCCAGGAGUAAACCCAGGAGUAAACCCAGGAGUAAACCCAGGUGGACCACCAGGAGUAAACCCAGGAGUAAACCCAGGAGUAAACCCAGGUGGACCACCAGGAGUAAACCCAGGAGUAAUCCCAGGAGUAAACCCAGGUGGACACCCAGGAGUAAACCCAGGUGGACUGCCAGGUGGAGUAAACCCAGGAGUAAACCCAGGUGGAUACCCAGGAGUAAACCCAGGUGGGCCGCCAGGAGUAAACCCAGGUGGGCCGCCAGGAGUAAACCCAGGAGUAAACCCAGGAGUAAACCCAGGUGGGCCGCCAGGAGUAAACCCAGGAGUAAACCCAGGAGUAAACCCAGGUGGACCACCAGGAGUAAACCCAGGAGUAAACCCAGGAGUAAACCCAGGUGGACCACCAGGAGUAAACCCAGGAGUAAACCCAGGAGUAAACCCAGGUGGACCACCAGGAGUAAACCCAGGAGUAAACCCAGGAGUAAUCCCAGGAGUAAACCCAGGUGGACCACCAGGAGUAAACCCAGGAGUAAACCCAGGAGUAAUCCCAGGAGUAAACCCAGGUGGACCACCAGGAGUAAACCCAGUUGGAAUGCCGGCAGGAAACCCGGGAGGAAUCCCAGGAGGAAACCCGGGAGGAAACCCCGGUUUCUACCCAGGGGGAGUCCCGGUUGGAACCCAGGGAGGAGUCCCGGGAGGAACCCCCGGUUUCUACCCAGGGGGAGUCCCGGUUGGAACCCAGGGAGGAGUCCCGGGAGGAACCCCCGGUUUCUACCCAGGGGGAGUCCCGGUUGGAACCCAGGGAGGAGUCCCGGGAGGAAUCCCAGGAGGAAACCCAGGAGGAAAUGCGGGAGGAAACCUGGGAGGAAACCCCUGGCCUGCCCAACCCACCCCUCCUGCAGCCAGGAUUUGUGGAGUGGUGAAUGGACCUGAUUGGGUUUGGCUGUCGCCUUGUUAAGACCCUGAACAGCAAUGCCCCUGCAGCAGCACCUCCGAUGAGAUGGAGACGUCUGAACGGGAGGAGCAACAAGACAGAUGCCCAGCUCAAAAUCUUCAUCCUGCUUCCUUUAUUGAUAAUCAGUUAAUUUGACCACCUCUAUUUUGAAGCAUGUGUUUUGUGUGACACUCUG